GAUACGCCUGUAUGAUAUGCAGUACAAAUAUUUACAGCGACGAUAGCUACGUGGAUCAAAGAAAGCGAGCUAAAGGUCGAACGGUUAUCUCCCAGGAGAUAUCGUGGCUAUUUGAUACACAAUUAUGUUGUCCGCCACGGGCUGUGGAAUACUUUUCAGAAUGGAAACAUCAUUUCUCAGCCAUGUUUGCCAUAUGCGAUGCGGUGAAGAUACGAUAUCUGGAAUAUCCACAGCAUUUGUGUACCAAGAAUAAGAAAAUUACGGUAUACCCAUAUUUCGAGUCCCUACGAAUACCCUAUUAUAAUUCUAGGUACUAAAAAUGACAUACAUCCCAAUAAACGGCUCUCGCGGGAACGUAACGAUCGCAACGGAGACCUUCUCCGAGUAAUAUACGCUCAUCUCAUUUCUUAGCGCAAUAACAAUGAGAUCUUACCAGUUUAUGACCACAUGGUCUGAUCCUCGACUGUAUGUAACUCACACACCUUCGUUGUUAAUACGAACAACGGACGGGGGUCAAAGGAAGUCAUUUGAGUGUGUCUUCGCGAUGCGUGAUGUAUUUAUUUGUACUGCUCGUGUGUGCUGAGACGACGAAGCUUGCUGAGGAGAUCGGGAGCGUGUUACGCCGACGCGGAGUUCAAAAAGAAGCGUAAAAUAUCGGCAGCCCACUAUUGGAGUCCAGCCGUCAUCCUUCGACGAGUGCAUCCGGAUGAUUUUCAAUUUCCUCCAUUCGCAAGAUCAGUAGGACUCUUGAAAUUAAUACCGAACACGAUGGCGAGGAGAGUCGAAAUCCUCACCUCGAUUUCGAUAGCAUUCCUUUAUUUUUGGACAGCGUCAAACGAGUGCCACGGCUCACCACUGUCAAAGUCAUCAUGGAAUGCCGGUACCCAAAAAACAUGUGGUUAUCAAAGUUGUCAGCAGCCCGUUAGCGGUAAAUUGAAUGUUCAUGUGGUUCCUCAUACUCACGAUGAUGUCGGCUGGUUAAAAACCGUUGACCAAUAUUACUGGGGAAGUCGUUCCUCUAUCGCGAAGGCUGGAGUGCAAUAUAUUUUGGAUAGCGUGAUUCGGGAGCUGCUCGAAGACCCAAAGAGAAGAUUCAUCUACGUAGAGACAUCUUUUCUCUGGAAAUGGUGGUUGAAUCAAAAUGAUGAGACGAAAAGCGACGUCCAACGUCUCAUCGAUGAAGGUCGAUUGGAAAUAAUAAGCGGGGCAUGGAGCAUGAACGACGAGGCUACCACCCAUUAUCAAUCGAUCAUUGAUCAGUUCACAUGGGGCUUGAGACGUCUCAACGACACAUUCGGUUCUUGCGCACGGCCCCAUGUCGGAUGGCAAAUCGACCCUUUUGGUCAUUCGCGCGAACAAGCAUCCAUAUUCGCAAGAAUGGGUUUCGACGGUCUCUUUUUCGGGAGACUGGAUUAUCAGGACAAGUCCAAACGACUGGACGAUAAAACGGCUGAAAUGAUCUGGAAGGGUAGCGACAGUUUAGGAAAAAGUGCCGAUUUGUUCACCAACGUCCUCUACAACAAUUACUCUCCUCCGCCUGGAUUUUGCUUUGAUGUUCUCUGCGAUGAUGAACCGGUGAUAGAUGACGUCGACAGUCCAGAUUAUAAUGUCAACAAGAGGGUUGGAUCAUUCCUCAGAUUCAUCGAGGAGCAGUCUAAAAAUUAUCGAUCCAAUAAUAUCAUAUUGACAAUGGGAGGAGAUUUCACGUACCAAGAUGCCGAAAUGUGGUACAAAAAUUUGGACAAACUCGUGAGAUACACAAACGAAUUGAACGGAAGCACCGUCAACGUAUUCUACUCAACUCCAUCGUGCUACCUGAAGGCCGUCAAUGAUUUGAAAAUUUCAUUGCCGACGAAAUCUGACGACUUCUUCCCCUACGCCAGCGACCCCCAUACCUACUGGACUGGGUAUUUCACCUCGAGACCAGCGAUAAAAUUCUACGAAAGGAUGGGCAACAACGUCCUUCAAACAUCGAAGCAACUCGCGGUCUUGGGACAGGUAGACUCUGCGGAAAAGUACUUGGUGCCGCUUCGAGAAGCUAUGGGAGUGAUGCAACACCACGACGCGGUAACGGGGACCGAAAAGCAACACGUUGCUCAGGACUACGCGAGAAUAUUGUACGAUGCCAUCCAGGACGGGGACAAACUCGCCUCCGUCGCACUGGGAAAGUUGGUCAAUAAAAAUGAAAGCGAACACGUUCCAUUCAACACGUGUCAUCAAUUAAAUGUCAGCGCCUGUCCGGAUACGGAAAACAAUGAAAACUUCGUAGUCACUCUGUACAAUCCCCAGAGUCGACCGGUUUCAACGUACGUUCGGCUUCCUGUACCCGGAAAAUCGUACAGUGUUAGAGAUUUCACCGGUGCCUUGAUGGUCAUCCAGAUUGUACCCAUACCUUCUGGCAUAUUGUCGAUCCCUGGAAGGGAGAGUUCGGCCAUCAAUGAAUUAGUUUUUCGUGCCGUACGAGUGCCAGCACUCGGUUAUCAAUCUUACCACGUCACCAGAAAUAGUGAAUUAGAAAUGGUAGAAAUUAGAGCGGACCCAACCGCGAAGAAAAUUAAAAACCAGUUCUUCGAGGUGACGCCGAUGAACGAUGGUACUACGCAUACCGUGCGUAAAGUACACGAAUUUCCGAGUCCUGUUGAGUUCAAACAAUCCUUCCACUACUACGAGGGAUGGCAAGGUAACAACGCGGAAUUCAAAAAUAGAUCCUCCGGUGCAUACAUAUUCAGGCCUAGGAGCUCAGAGCCGAAAAAUCUAUCGAGCGUCGGUAUUAGCCAACAGAUUUACAAGGGGCCGUUGGUGCAGGAACUUCAUACAAACAUUAACGAAUGGGUCAGCCAGGUCGUGAGGGUUUACCAAAACGAAGAUUAUACGGAAUGGGAUUGGGUCGUGGGUCCGAUUCCGGUCGAGGACAAAAUUGGCAAGGAAUUCAUAACAAGAUACUCGAGUGUUCUAGACACCCGCAAUGUAUUUUAUACCGAUAGUAAUGGUAGAGAAAUGUUGAGACGAGAGAGAGAUUUCCGACCCACCUGGUCGUUAAACCUUUCGGAACCAGUCGCGGGCAACUAUUAUCCCGUCACCGCAAAAAUCACACUCAAGGACAAGGCCAACAAACUAAGGCUGAGCGUUUUAAACGACCGUGCCCAGGGUGGCACGAGUUUGAACGAUGGCCAAAUCGAGUUGAUGCUCCACCGGAGGUUGCUGCACGACGACGCUUUCGGAGUCGGUGAAGCCUUAGACGAGAAGGCCUAUGGAAAAGGCCUGGUGGUGCGUGGUCGGCAUUUUGUUAUCGGAGGACCCAGUUCCGGAAAAAACGCAUAUGUAUCAUUGAAAGAGAAGGAGUUGGCGUGGAAUUUAUUGAAUCCAUUGCGCGUGUUCGUUUCUCCUACGAAUAAGAAAACUGUUGAGGAAUGGCGUGAACGUUAUCGAAUGCAGGGAUCUGGUAUGGCUAAGGAGCUGCCGUCGAAUGUACGUAUUUUAACGCUCGAACCUUGGAAAGACGGUCACCUCCUUCUGAGGCUUGAACACAUCUUCGAAGUUGGCGAAGACACUAGAUUCUCACACCCCGUCGAAGUCAACAUUAAGGACUUAUUCUCAUUCUUCGCCGUGACGAGCAUACGGGAAACAACAUUGGGGGGUAAUCAAUGGUUGGAGGAUGCAGACCGUUUGGAAUGGAUAAGUGAGUCGAACGAAGUAUUCCGGGAAGAAGUGGUGGACGUGAAUUCGGAAUCUGCAUUUGACGAUGCUGGCGAUACCAUCAACAUCUUACUGCGUCCGAUGGAAAUUCGCACGUUUGUCAUAAAAAUUGCGCUGAAAUGAUGGGCCGUUAUCACGUCCCUAUCCAAUACGCGUGCACAUUUAAUACAACAAUUUAAGAAUAAAUCAUAUCCUUACAA